GGCGGCAUCGGCGCCAUCAGGGCGGCGCUGAGGUCGAUGACCGGGGGAGAGGUCAGCAUCUCGGCGUACGACACGGCGUGGGUGGCCAUGGUGGGGAGGGUGGACGGCGGCGGCGACGGGCCGCAGUUCCCGUCGUGCCUGGAGUGGAUCUUGGAGAACCAGCUGGGCGACGGCUCCUGGGGCGAGCCGGGCUUCUUCAUGGCCUGCGACAGGGUCAUCUGCACGCUCGCCUGCGUCGUCGCCCUCCGCACCUGGAGAGUUCGUCCUGACCUCUGCGCCAAAGGUGUGUCAUUCAUCCGAGAUAAUAUAUGGAAGCUCGACGAGGAUGAACCAGACUGGAUGAUAGUAGGCUUUGAGAUAACCUUGCCCACACUGCUACAGAUGGCCAAGGACCUAGGUCUUGACUUGCCAUAUGAUCACCCUGUCCUGGAGCCCAUAUAUGCCAAGAGAGACCUCAAGCUCGCCAAGAUUCCAUUAGAUGUAUUGCACACCAAACCGACAAGUUUGCUUCAAAGCAUAGAGGGCAUGCAAGGCCUGGACUGGACAAAGCUACUUAAGUUCCAGUCUACAGAUGGGUCCUUUGCAUCAUGUCCGGCAACAACAGCGGAUGCUCUGAUCCAAACUGGGGAUAAGAGAUUUCUUGACUACCUAGACAGCAUAGUCAAAAAGUUCAACGGAGGAGUACCCAUGACGUAUCCUAUGGACAUAUUCGAGCACUUAUGGGCAGUAGACCGGUUGGAACGUCUGGGCAUAUCGAGAUACUUCGCAAGUGAAAUUAAGGAGUGCCUGGACCAUGUUUACAGCCUCUGGAGUCAUGAUCAGGGAUUGGCCUUUACGGAGGUUUUCCCAGUGAGCGAUCUGGACGACACAUCCAUGGGUUUCCGUCUCCUACGGCUGCAUGGAUACGAUGUGUCUUCUCGUGCGUUCAAGUAUUUCGAGACGGACGGCAAGUUCAGCUGCUACCCACUGCAGCUGAACUGCUCGAUCACGGCCACCUACAACCUCUACCGUGCUGCUCAGGUGGCUUUCCCCGGCGAGGACGUGCUGCAACAGGCUAACAGCUACAGCCGAGCCUUCCUGUCCGACAGGCUAUCCUCCAACAAUCUCGUUGACAAAUGGGUCAUUCCCAAGGACCUGCCCGGAGAGGUGGAGUAUGCACUGUCUUUCCCAUGGAAAGUGAGUCUGCCACGCGUUGAGACCAGGAUGUACCUGGAGCAAUAUGGUGGCAGUGGUGAUGUAUGGAUCGCCAAAGUCCUUUACAGGAUGCCAUUGUUCUGCAACGAGCUGUACCUCGAUGUGGCAAAAUCUGAUUUCAGAAACUUCCAGAGCUUAUGUCGACUUGAGUUGGAUGGCCUUGAAAGGUGGCGUACCAAGAACAAUUUGGAGGCAUACGGUGUCACUCGAGAGAAUGCAUUGAGGGCUUAUUUCUUAGCAGCAGCAACCAUCUUCGAGCCAGAUCGUCAGGAGGAGCGCCUGGCAUGGGCUCGCACAGCCAUUGUUGCUGAGGCCAUGGCCUCGCACCUGCAGCACAGUGACAAUCCUGACAGCGAGAGGAACGAACUCAUCGCUAAACUCACCACUAAAAACCAUGACAAUCAAUCAAGGUGCCAGCUGACGAGCGUCCUUCGUGAGCUCAUCGAUUUCCACGCAUCCGGUGUCACGGUUGCAGAAAAUAUCCAGGAAGCCUGGACGCAGUGGUUGAUGGCAUGGGCUCCGACGCAGAGCUGCGGGCGACAGCAACAACACGGAGGCGACACGGCGCUGCUGCUGGCUCGUGUCGUUGCGAUAUGUUCAGGGAGGCACGGCGGCGUUAACCCAGGCGAGCGGACGCAGAGUACACCUGCGGCGGCGUAUUCCCGCGUCGAGUCGCUCGCUCGUUCUAUCUGCAACCAGCUCGCCGCUCUAUCUCACGCUCGCCUGCAGGAUGGAAAAAAUAUGGAGACCGUUGGGCAUUCAGACAGCCAAGUGGACCGUGACAUGCAAGAACUGACUCGUCUUGUCCUUGAGGGUGACAAUGGGAUCAACAGAGUGACCGGCCAGGCAUAUUUAAAUGUGGUGAAAAGCGCAUUCUACAUGACCUAUUCGUCACCUGCAACGGUCGAGGAACACAUCUCCAAGGUCUUAUUCGAGGAUGUACUUUAGUAACACCAUCGUUUUAAUAGUCUCAAUGCAUGAGCCGGCUGUAAAAAGCACAAGUAUCUCUCAUACUAAUACACCGUAUUAUAGGGUGAUUCAUACGCCAUUUAGCGCGCUGUGAAACGAUUGCAAGCUGCGCAAACUGUUUGAACGCAAGCGCAAAUGGAAGAGUACCUUGCGCAAUGUACAAACGAUACGUGGAACAAUCUAGCACCAAUUUCAGUUGAGUUAAAUUUUUACUAAAAUGUUGUUUGAUUCAGUUUUGGAUUACUGUAAUCUAGAUUAUUGAGGCAUAUUUGCUAUAAACUUGUCAAGCUCUUGGAUGGAGAACUUACCAAUGUAUAGGGAUGGGAUAAAAUUU